AUGGAUACCAAGUACCGCCAACCUGACCCUGGCGUGGCCGAGACCAGCGACUAUGCUUCAGAGUCUCCGGAAACCCCGAAUAUCACGGCCGGAUCGCAGCAUCUGCAUCGCAAGCUGGGCGGAAAAGAGGUUCAGCUCUUCGCGGUCGGGGGAGCCAUAGGAACAUCGCUUUUCGUCCAGGCGGGUGCUAUGUUGCCUAAGGCAGGUCCAGCAGGUCUUCUGAUUGGGUUCCUCGCAUACACGCCUAUCAUACUCGCUGUCAACCAAUGCUUUGCGGAGAUGGUCUGCUAUGCGCCCAUACCCUCUCCAUUCAUUCGCCUCGCCGGUCACUGGGUAGAUGAUGCCCUUAGCUUUGCCAUGGGCUGGAAUUUCUUCUUCACCAUGGCAUUAGGGAUUCCGUACGAGAUCGUCGCUAUCAACAUCCUCCUCACCUACUGGACGGAUCGUGUACCUGUAGCUGCAGUGGUGGUUAUUAUGCUGGUGCUUUACACGCUAUUGAACGUAUUCACUGUUCGCUUCUUUGGAGUGUCAGAGUUCUAUCUGUCAUUUUUCAAGAUCUUCCUCAUGGUCGGACUUCUCCUAUACACUUUCAUAACCAUGGUCGGAGGCAAUCCCCGGCACGAUGUGUACGGCUUUCGAUACUGGCGUAAUCCGGGGGCAUUUGUGUCCUACAUUGAACCCGGGAGCAUCGGGCGCUUCUGCGGCGUUCUAGCAUGUAUGAUCCAAGCCUCAUUCACUAUGGUCGGCCCUGAGUACAUAUCCAUGGCCGCGGCAGAAGCCGCACGGCCACGACGAGUAAUGCGCAAGGCCUACGCAUCGUACCCCUGGCGACUAGUUACAUUUUUCAUCCUGGGUGUUCUAUCAAUGGGUAUACUCAUACCUUACAAUGAUCCUACAUUGGCUGCGACCUUAGGAGGAUCGGGGCACGAAAGUGGCACGGGAGCUGCCUCCCCCUACGUAAUCUCCAUGAACCACUUCAACAUCCAGGUCCUCCCGGACAUCGUCAACGCCCUAAUCAUGACCUCUGUCUUCUCCGCCGGCAACAACCUGGUCUUCUCCGCCGCGCGAACCCUCCACGGCAUGGCCCUCGAAGGCCGCGCCCCAUCCCUCUUCGCGCGCUGCAACCGCAACGGCCUCCCCUACUACGCCGUCGGCGCCUCGCUAGCAUUCUGCCUCCUGGGCUUCCUCCAAGUAAGCAACAGCUCCGCGACCGUACUAAACUGGCUCGUGGGAAUAAUCGUCGCCUCGUACCUGUUAAACUACGUCGGCACAUGCAUUACAUACCUGCAUUUCUACGCGGCACUGCGCAGACAGGGUAUAUCCCGGGAUACACUCCCAUAUAAGGGAGUGCUGCAACCGUAUGCGGGGUGGUUCGCGCUGGUGGGCACGAUAGUCAUGACGCUGAUUAUUGGGUUCGAGAUAUUCCUGGAUGGGCAGUGGGAUGUGCAGACGUUCUUUUUGGAUUAUACCAUGGUUGGGUUUUUUGUGGUCGCGUUUGGGUUUUGGAAGGUCGUGAAGAGGACGAGGUAUGUCUGGCCUGGGACGGCGGAUCUGGGGCUGGGUGGGUUGAAGAAGGAGAUUGAUGAGUAUGAGGCUGGAAUGGUGGUUCCUGUGAGGAGGGGGGUUGCAAGGGUUUGGUAUGGGUUGUUUGAGUAG